AGUGGAUAGUCGAUCCAUCCUCGCCGGCGCGAUGACGGCAUCGUCCUCCUCGGGAUCGAGCAGCGGGCGCCGCAAGGUGAGAGUGAUCCAGAGGCGGCACAGGCUCGUCUACGAGAUUUUGGAUUGCGGGGUUCGUGGAGGGAUCGUGCUCGCGCUGCUGCUCCUGGUUGUAGGUAUGGCGAUCUACAGCUGGAGCGCCGACCCAAUCGUCUCGAUGCCGGGAAUGCCGACGAUUCGCAGCGGCGCCCGCGAUCACAGUCCCUCGAGGGUGCAAUUGGAAGCGGUGGUGGACAUAAGCACCAAGGAGCUCUACGACGCCAUAGCCUUCGAGAACAAGGCCGGUGGCGCGUGGACGCAGGGAUGGGCAGUGAAGUACCGCGGUGACGAGUGGAAUCGCGAGAAGCUCAAGGUGUUUGUGGUGCCUCACUCUCACAACGAUCCAGGGUGGCUUCGCACGGUGGAGGAGUACUACCAGGAGCGCACGAAACACAUACUUUCGACUGUGGUUGGAGCUCUUCGCAAGGAUCCUCGACGUAAGUUCAUCUGGGAGGAGAUGUCCUACCUCCAUCGCUGGUGGCAAGACGCCUCGGACUCGGAGAAGCAGGAUUUCAUCCGCCUAGUCAAGAGUGGACAGCUCGAAGUUGUGGGAGGAGGCUGGGUGAUGAACGACGAGGCGAACUCACACCAUUUCGCGAUCAUCGAACAGAUAACCGCAGGGAACCUCUGGCUUCGUGAUACCAUCGGGGUCACUCCAAGGAACGCUUGGGCGAUUGAUCCAUUCGGUCACUCGGCCACCAUGGCUUAUCUCUUGCGGAGAAUGGGAUUCGCCAACAUGCUUAUCCAGCGAACACACUACGAGGUAAAGAAGGAGCUCGCUCAGCGGCAAAGCCUCGAGUUCAUGUGGAGGCAAGGCUGGGAUUCUGCAAACUCCACCGCCAUCUUCUGCCACAUGAUGCCGUUCUAUUCUUACGACAUUCCUCACACCUGCGGCCCGGAGCCGGCUGUGUGCUGCCAGUUCGACUACUGGAGGCUUGUGAGAGUUGGACAGGCACAGCGGUGUCCCUGGGGAUACAAUCCGGAAGAGAUCAACGAAGGAAACGUGAGGGAGCGAGCGAUGCUGCUGCUCGAUCAAUACAGGAAGAAGUCGACGCUGUAUCGAAGUAACACUUUGCUGGUGCCGCUGGGUGACGACUUCCGGUACGUGACCCCGCAGGAGGCCGAGCUCCAGUUCACGAACUACCAGGCCAUCUUCGACUAUAUCAGCGCUCACCCGGAGCUCAAGGCUAGCGUCCAGUUUGGAACUCUGGAGGAUUACUUCUCUACGCUCCGAGACGAGGUUGCCAGAAGCACAAAGUCGAGCUCGAGGGCCAACGAAGACGAAGUUCCGGGCUUCCCUUCGCUCUCUGGGGACUUCUUCACGUAUGCUGAUAGAAUGCACGACUACUGGAGUGGCUAUUACGUAUCAAGACCGUUUUACAAGGCCGUGGAUCGUGUCCUCGAGCACACACUCCGAGCUGCCAACAUUCUCUACGUUUUCACUCACGCGAAGUGCCGGCCGAAGGACACCUCCUCGUUUCCAGCGUCGUACAGCAACGCCAUCGUCUCCGCUAGCCAGAACCUCGCGCUCUUUCAGCACCACGACGGAGUCACGGGCACCGCGAGGGAUCACGUUGUGGAAGAUUAUGGAACGCGGAUGCACACGUCGCUGGUGGAGCUCCAGGCCUUCAUGGCUGCCAGUGUCGAAGCGCUACUUCUCCAGCAGCAGUGCAAGAGCGAGAACUUCCGGCAGUGGUACGAGCCGGAGGAAUCUCGCUCCAAGUUUAACAUGCUAGCGGUGAAGAAAUCCGUCAGACUCGCGAGCGGCCAAGCUCGUCGAGUGGUCUUCUUCAAUCCUCUCGAGGAAGCGGUGGAGCAUGUGGUGAUGGUGGUGGUCGACGAUCCGGCAGUGUGUGUGUUCGGCCCAAGCUGGGCCUCGGUUGACAGCCAAAUUUCUCCGGAAUGGGAUGAAACAGGAUCGAACUUGUCGACCGGAAGGCAUCGCUUGCACUGGACUGCUCUUGUUCCUGCCUUGGGACUCGCAACUUUCUUCGUCAGCUCGGCCGAAGGCGUCGCAGAUGGUUCGUCGUGCAAGCGAGCAGUGCCUGCCCGGAUCAGAGUUUUCAACUCGGACGACAAGUUCUCUUGUCCCAACGGCUACUCCUGCUCGCUCGAGACUGUGGAGACCCUCGAGAUCACCAACGGCUUCCAGACGCUGGGAUUCGAUUCCACCACCGGGAUGUUACGCUCGAUCCAGAUCUCCAAGGCGGCCUCUCCGUCAACCUUGGUUGCUGUCGAGGAGGACGUUGCUUACUACUCGAGCGCCGGGAGCGGUGCUUAUCUCUUCUUGCCCGACGGCGAAGCAAAGUCUCUUGUACAAGCUGGAGGCCUGGUGCUCGUCACAGAAGGCCGAGCGAUGCAAGAAGUUCAUGUGGUCUUGAAGACCAGCAUUGGAGGCGGCGAGCUCUCGAGAAGUGCCAGACUUUAUCACAGCGGAGCCACGGGAAGAAAAUCCGUCCAGGCCUUGAGCGUGGAGAUUAACUAUCACGUAGCUCUUCUAGAUCACCGCUUCAACAACAAGGAGAUCAUAGCGCGCUUCAAGACCGGCAUCGACAGUGGCAGAGUUUUCCACUCGGACUUGAACGGCUUCCAGACCAUCAGGCGAGAAACUUACGACAAGAUCCCGCUGCAAGGGAACUACUAUCCAAUGCCGUCGCUGGCCUUCGUCCAGGACUCUCGGGGCAAGCGCUUCUCGGUCCAUAGCCGCCAGGCUCUCGGAGUUGCCAGCUUACAGACCGGCUGGCUGGAAGUGAUGCUGGAUAGACGGCUCACUCAAGACGAUGGUCGAGGCCUCGGGCAGGGAGUCAUGGACAACAGGCCGCUCAACAUCGUCUUCCAGUUGCUUCUCGAAGAGAAUGUGACGAGCUCGGCAUCUUUCCACCAGAAGCUCUCGGUUCCCUCGCUCUUAUCCCACCGAGUUGGAGCCCAGUUGAACUAUCCCAUGCACGCGUUCCUGGGAAAGAUCGUCGAGAGCUCGGUCGUAAUCCAGGAGACGUCGAUGGACACGCAGUGGUCGUCUCUAGCUUCGGCAUUUCCCUGUGACUUGCACCUGGUCGGGAUCAAAGCACUCCGGCCUUCGCAGCUGGAAGACGUCGAGUAUGGACUUCUACUCCAGAGAAGAGGAUGGGACGAGUCUUACUGCAGGAAAGGAGGAACCGAUAGCUGCUCCACACUGGCCACCAGCGCGAAGGUCGACCUCCAUUCGACGUUUAGCAACUUGGUGGUGAGCAAAGUCACGCCUUCCAGUCUCAAUUUCUUGCACGAUCAUGCCGAGACGCUGCCCGGCCGGAAGGGCGCUGGAGCGUCAGCAGCAGGGAUCGGGAUAGUCGAGAUGAGCCCCAUGGAAAUCCAGGCCUACAAGCUUAUGGUCGAAUGAACGAAGCUUCUCUAUUUCUUUUU